UUGCCAGCCCGAGUCAGCCUGAGAGAUGGAGUGUAGAAGAAUUAUUUUCAUAUAUAAGGACAGCCUUGGUGAAGGGGAUACUGGGUUUCACUGUUUGACAUCUGUUUCCCAGGAGACUCUGGGAAAUGCAGGGGCAGAGUCCCCAACAGCAGAUGAGGGCUUUAGAGCUAUGUACCUGCUUGUGGAGUUUUUGUCCCGAGGCAAGCUGUGUGCUCAGACCUGACCAUGUUUGGGCAUGGAGGCUCGACCCAGACAGGAUUGAAGACUGCUUCCCUGGAGACCAGCUGGGAGACCAAACUUCCUGCUAAAGCCUGACUUGGGGUGGGGGUUGGGGGGCCGGGAGGAGAAAAACCAUCUGCCAGCGGAGACCCAGUGAACUAAAUGAUUGCUGUCCCCAGUGACCAUGGGGAAGAAGCUGGUGAUGGCCCAGAAACGUGGAGAGACUCGAGCCCUCUGCCUGGGGGUGGCAAUGGUAGUGUGUGCCGCCAUCACCUACUACAUCCUGGGUACCACUGUGCUGCCCCUCUAUCAGAAAAGUGUGUGGACCCAGGAAUCCACCUGUCACCUGAUUGAAACCAACAUCAAGGACCAUGAUGAGCUGGAGAGCAAGAAAGUGCCCCAGUACCCAUGCCUUUGGGUCAACGUAUCAUCUAUGGGCAGAUGGGCCAUGCUGUAUCACACAGAGGACACUCGGGACCAAAACCAGCAGUGCUCCUAUAUCCCUAGCAACCUGGACAACUACCAGAUGGCUCUGGCUGAUGUGAAGAAGGUCAGAGCCAAUUUCCAUGAGCACAAGGCUUUCUACUGCUUCUCUGCGCCUCAAGUCAACGAGACCAGCGUUGUGUAUCAGCGCCUCUAUGGGCCUCAAGUCCUCCUCUUCUCCUUCUUCUGGCCCACCUUCCUGCUAACUGGUGGCCUCCUCGUUAUUGCCAUGGUGAAACUCAACAGGUCCCUAUCCAUCUUGGCUGCUCAGAGAUAGACCAAUACACUCUUC